AUGUUUCGCAACACAUGUCGCUAUGUCGCCAUUAUGUUCGGGAACUACGCCGCUCCGUUCUUCUCGAUACGCCGGAAGCGGAGAAGGGUGGUAGCCUACGGUCAUCCGAUGCCUUCGAAAGUGAUGAUGCCGGGGCUGGACCGUCGGGUUACGACAAUGGAGAACGUCGGAAUCGCGAUACAAGACUAUCCGCUUUCCUACGAUCUGAGGGCCAAACAUCAGGGCAAUCAGUCCACAGCAACAAUUCCAACCAAUCACCCCACCGAACUCAAUCGAGCGAUCGGCCAUCCCGACCUAGCAACUUAG